AUGGCAUUAGAGCCUUAUUUUUGCCUCCAAACGUUACUACAGACUGCCCUCAUCCAGCCUCUAGACCAGGGAGUUCUAGAAACUUUUAAGCGAAACUACAAAAAGAGGCUGCUUAGAAAUCUACUGGAGAAGCUAGAGGACGGGCUGGGUGUCACUGAUGCUCUCAAGUUAAUCACAAUGAAAGAUGUUGUCUUCUGGGUGUCAGAAGCUUGGGAUAACGUUAGGGAGGACACUAUAAGAAGGUCAUGGCGCAAACUUUUCGGAAUUGAAAAGGCAAGCCGCCAAGAGACAGCUGCUCCUGAAAACCAGCCAAGAGCAUGUCCUCCUGAAAAUGAAGAGCUUGUGAAUCUUUGUAACCACCUUCCAGUGGCUGAGCCCAUCAGUGCAGAGGACAUCAGUGAAUGGAUCAAUGGAGAUGAGGAUCAGGCCCUAACUGAUGACGUGAUUAUCCAGAUGCUCAACCAACCAGAAGAUGAUGACAACGAUGAACCUGAUGGGGCGACUGAGAAAAUAUCACAUACAGAAGGUCUAAGAACGAUCGAGGGAGCACUGGCAUACAUUGAACAACAAGAAACCGCAACAACAAACGAUUUAGUUUUGGCUGCGACGCUGGCGCAACAGGGCGGCUAG